AUGGAUUCAUUAAUAGGUAUAAAAGGUCCAGACUUUGUUAUUAUUGCUGCAGAUUCCACAUCAAUUAGUGGUAUUUCUCGUAUUAAGCAUGAUGAGGAUAAAAUCCUUUCAAUAGAUGGGAAUAAACUAAUUGCUACUGCUGGUGAUAUUGGAGAUAGAAAUCAAUUUGGUGAAUUUAUUAAAUGUAAUAUUAAUUUAUAUUCCCUUCGAAAUAAUGUUAAUUUGGGUACUUCUGCUACUGCUUCAUUUACACGUCUUGAAUUAGCAGAAUUACUUAGAUCUAAUCCACAUAAUGUUCGCAUGUUAAUUGGAGGUUAUAAUGAUAGGGAAGGACCACUAUUAUAUUGGAUAGAUGAAAUAGCAUCUAUGGCAUCUGUAAAUAAAGCUGCACAUGGUUAUGGUGGAUUACUUGUUACUGGUAUCCUUGAUCGAUUUUAUAAAUCUAAUUUAACUCAGGAUGAAGCACUUAAUAUUCUUAUUAAAUGUACAGCAGAAUUAAAAAGUAGAUUUUUAAUUUCACAAUAUGAUCUAUUUGUAAAAAUUGUAGAUAAAAAUGGAAUGAAAAUUCUAAAAAUUGAAAAUGGAGUAUUAGUUCCAUUAUCUUAA